CCAAAGAACCCAUCAGCUAAACGAGUGACUUCACCGGCCGGUAGUUUGGAAAAAUUGAGACACUCGUGAAAAUUCUCAAUCGACGCAAAAAUGGGCUUGUGGAGACGCCUGCCGAGGGUUCCUUCCGAGAGCAACUUUGACAAUGUCGUCGCCUCCUCCGGGAGCAUGAUCGUGGUGUCGAACCGACUACCCUUCGUUUUGCAAAAAGAUGCCAACGGUAAACUCGUACGCAAAGCCAGCGCCGGUGGUCUAGUGACAGCCGUUGCUCCGGUCGUCAUCAACGGUAAUGGCUUAUGGGUGGGUUGGCCCGGAAUUCAUCUAGCGGACCCUAACGAACCCAUCCCGGAGUCGGACCCGGACGAUAUCACGCCUACGGCGGGGCUCCGGUCCGAGAAAGUCGUUGCCGUUCAAAUCGACCCAGCUGUCUUCGAUUCGUACUACAACGGCUGCUGUAACGCCACUUUUUGGCCCUUGUUCCACUCAAUGCCCGACAGGGCCACCUUUAAAAGGGAGCACUGGCAAUGCUACACCACCGCUAACAAAGAAUUCGCCGAUUGUACCAUGAAGGCGUUGAAGUCUCUCCCGAAAAAGACCGGGAACGACGUUCCCUUGAUCUGGAUACAUGACUACCACCUAAUGCUAGCGGCCAAUUGGGUGAGACAAGGGGCCGAGGAAGAAGGGAUUAAUUGCAAACUGGGAUUCUUCCUGCAUAUCCCGUUCCCGCCGUGGGAUAUCUUCCGGUUGUUCCCGUGGUCGGACGAAAUCCUCCAAGGGAUGCUGGCGUGUGACAUGGUCGGGUUUCACAUCACUGAUUACUGUUUGAAUUUCGUCGAUUGUUGCCAGCGGAAUUUGGGAUGUCGUGUCGACCGUAAAAAUCUCUUGGUGGAACAUGGUGGUAGAUCGGUGCGAGUUCGCCCGUUACCAAUCGGAAUUCCCUUCGAACGAUUCGUCGAACUUGCCGAGAAAGCACCAAGAGUCUUGUCAACAAACCAAAGAAUUGUUUUAGGAGUCGAUAGACUCGACUACACGAAAGGACUGGUUCAUAGACUGUUGGCUUUCGAGAAGUUGCUCGAAAACCACCCCCAACACAAGGAAAAAGUCUCACUUUUACAAAUCUCCGUUCCGUCGCGCACCGACGUUAAGGAAUACCAAGACUUGAAGGAAGAAAUGGACCAAUUGGUCGGCCGAAUCAAUGGUAAAUUUACCACACCCAACUGGUCGCCGAUUCGCUACAUUUACGGGUGUGUGAGUCAGGACGAACUGGCGGCGUUUUACCGGGACGCAGCCGUGGGGUUAGUCACCCCGUUGCGCGACGGAAUGAAUUUAGUAGCCAAAGAAUUCGUAGCAUGCCAAAUUAACACCCCCCCAGGUGUCCUCAUAGUGUCUCCGUUCGCCGGAGCGGGCGAAACGAUGCACGAAGCGCUCAUUUGCAACCCUUACGAGAUCAACGACGCUUCUGAGGUCAUCCAUCGCGCGCUGACGAUGCCCGAAGACGAGAGAAUCCUCCGGAUGAAUUACCUGCGGAGACGGGAGAAACUCAACGAUGUUAACUACUGGACCAAGUCGUUUUUGUCCGCCAUGGGCUCUCUAAUCACGCAGGAGGAUCACGACGAUAUCGGAACCACGUCAAUGCCUGCGGUCACGCUCGACGAUUUCGACGAAUAUCUGGCUAAGUAUAUCGGGAACACGCACAAGCUGGCUUUGUUGUUGGACUAUGACGGGACUCUGGCCCCGAUCGCCCCGCACCCAGACCUUGCCAUCAUCCCUCCCGAAACCAAGAACGUCCUCCAGAGACUGUCGAAUAUUUCCGACGUGUAUAUCGCUAUCAUUUCCGGAAGAGACGUGAAUAAUGUGAAGCAAAUGGUGGGCAUUGAUGGUAUAACAUACGCUGGCAAUCACGGUUUGGAGAUUUUACACCCCGAUAAUACGAAAUUUGUGCAUCCUAUGCCGACGGAGUUCCGAGAUAAGGUGGGCGAGUUGUUGCGGCAGUUGCAGGAGAGGGUGUGUCGGGAUGGCGCUUGGGUGGAGAACAAAGGGGCGCUUUUGACUUUCCAUUUCCGCGAGACGCCGUCACAUAUUCGGCCACAGUUGGCCGAAGAAGCCAAGCGUUUGAUCGAAGAAGCCGGGUUUAAGGCCGGGAAGGCGCAUUGUGCUAUCGAAGCCAAACCGCCGGUUCAGUGGAAUAAAGGAAGAGCGUCUAUUUAUAUUCUGAGGACUGCAUUCGGGGUAGAUUGGAGCGAAAGGAUCAGGAUUAUAUAUGCAGGGGAUGAUACGACGGACGAGGAUGCCAUGCAGGCUUUGAAAGGUAUGGCGGCCACAUUUAGAGUAACGUCAUCGUCGAUUGUGAAAACUUCGGCCGAGCGCCGUUUGCCGUCGACAGAUUCGGUCUUGACGAUGCUGAAGUGGGUGGAGCGGCAUUUAAGUCGCAGGAAGCCCAGCAUCGAUCCUAGUAAUUACCGGAGGAAUUCGUUAGCAAAACAGGGAGCCGUUCAAAUGGAAAUGUCUUAUACGAAUACGCAACAAAGGAACGGAAAUUCGGGAAGAAUCUCCACCACAGACUCGACAGCUUCGCACUAAUUUAAUGUAUAGGAAUAGGAUAAAUAGGCUUUUCAAAUAAUGUAACCCAGAAGACUCGAAAUGUACCUAUCAGAGAUAUUUUUUGAAUGUGCUGAAACACACUUUAUGUCAAUAUCUGACUCGGAAACAUACCUACUUAGCUCAUAGUUUCGUAUGUUUUGUACUAUGUAUAUUUUUUAAAUCUAGUUUUAUUUAUUUUUACACCUACAAAAUACGCAUUGGUGGAUAUACACAAUCACACGAACGCAUGUUGUUGUGGCAAAAUUGUUACUUUAUGUAAUACGUGUUAAUAAAUUACCGUAAAGACUU